UUGUACAAAAUGCGAUUUAACAACAUUUCUCUGUAAUUGUAUCCUUCAUUAGUACAUGACUGGCAGUUGCAAUCGCAUCCCUUCUGAUCCAUCCUCCCUCCCUUUCUCUCCUCUCACCACCUCUUUUCCUGCCCAUCCCACGUUUGCUUUUGCUUCCCAUCUGACUUUUAGUGAAGGGGGGGGGGCAAAGCGUGUAAGUGUGAGGGGGGGACUCCUGUCACAUCCUCCAUCAGCCUCCCCCCCUCCCCCAGCCCGGCUUUUCACACACUCGAGCGUCAGAAUCAAAGUGCAUGAGGAAAAGAGAAGGGGCAAAGCAGGUUUAUGUGCCAGGCAAGGAGGAGCCCGCACGGGGAAAACCUUCCACCUGAUCUCACAUCCCUGCAAGUGAAAGAACAGACAGGGAAAGAGAACUUGCUAAUUAACGACUGGAUUCCUUCUACAGACACUAACCUUUAGUAACCAAGGAUCCCAGGACAGACAGGCACAGUACCAAAUGGGUCUUACGCCCAUACUGAGUUGGUGGACCGGGAUGCUGCACAGCACCGGUGUCAAGGCAAUGUCCUGGUUUAAUGCUCUAUCCCCCUGCUCUUUGGGGACCUGGGGAAGAUUUGAGACUCAUUUAACCCUAUGGAUAUGUCUUAUCACCUGGAGUGAUUCCAGGGCCGUUGCGAGUCCCAGCAAUGAAGUGAAUUUAUUGGAUUCUCGCUCUGUCAUGGGUGACCUUGGAUGGAUUGCCUUUCCUAAAAAUGGGUGGGAAGAAAUUGGAGAGGUAGAUGAGAACUAUGCUCCAAUACAUACAUACCAAGUGUGUAAAGUGAUGGAACAGAAUCAGAACAACUGGUUACUGACAAACUGGAUCUCCAAUGAAGGAGCCUCACGGAUAUUCAUAGAACUUAAAUUUACUCUUCGAGAUUGUAAUAGUCUUCCAGGGGGACUUGGGACAUGCAAAGAAACAUUCAAUGUAUAUUAUUUUGAAUCAAAUGAAGAGGAUGGAAGGAAUAUUCGGGAAAACCAGUAUAUCAAAAUUGACACUAUUGCAGCUGAUGAGAGUUUUACAGAAUUAGACUUGGGUGAUAGAGUCAUGAAGCUAAAUACGGAGAUAAGAGAUGUUGGACCUCUGACCAAAAAAGGCUUUUACCUUGCUUUUCAAGAUUUAGGAGCCUGUAUUGCCCUGGUUUCUGUGCGAGUCUAUUAUAAAAAGUGCCAAUCAGUGGUUCGCAAUUUAGCUGUCUUUCCUGACACAGUAACUGGUGCAGACUCCUCCCAGCUUUUGGAAAUAUCAGGAUUGUGUGUCAACCAUUCUGUGACAGAAGAAGCUCCCAAAAUGCAUUGCAGUGCAGAAGGUGAAUGGCUUGUCCCAAUUGGAAAAUGCAUGUGCCAAGAAGGGUAUGAAGAGAAAAACAAUACAUGCCAAGCGUGUCCAACAGGAUUCUUUAAGUCUUCCCCUCAAAGUUUGAUGUGUAGCAAGUGUCCACCUCACAGUUACACGCAUGAAGAGGGAUCCACAUCUUGUGUCUGUGAGGACCGUUACUAUAGAGGGGAGUCAGAUCCAUACACCAUGUCUUGUACAAGACCACCAUCAGCUCCACGAAAUGCUAUAUCCAACAUCAACGAGACAAGUGUAUUUCUUGAGUGGAUGUUCCCCUCAGAUACUGGUGGAAGAAAAGAUGUUUUUUAUAACAUAGUUUGCAAAAAGUGCAAUUCCUUCACAUUUCCAUGUGAAGAAUGCAGUAUGCAUGUCCGUUACAUACCUCAGCAAACUGGUUUGAGAAAUACAUCUGUGAUGGUUAUAGACCUUCAGGCCCACACAAACUACACCUUUGAGAUUGAAGCUGAAAACGGUGUUUCUGAGCUGAGCCCAGGUUCUCGACAGUAUGUGUCUGUGAAUGUCACCACAAACCAAGCAGCACCAUCUACAAUUAGCAUUGUCAAGAAGGGGAAAAUUACCAAAAACGGCAUCUCACUGUCAUGGAAAGAGCCCAAUCGACCGAAUGGUAUCAUCCUUGAAUAUGAAAUCAAAAACUUUGAAAAGGAUCAAGAAACUAGCUACACAAUUGUCAAGUCUAAAGAGACAGAAAUCACAGUGGAGGGAUUGAAACCUGCAUCAUCCUAUAUAUUCCAAAUACGAGCACGUACAGCCGCAGGGUAUGGUGCCUUCAGCCGCAGAUUUGAGUUUGAAACCAGCCCAGUGUCACUUGCUGCAGCUGGAGAUCAGAGCCAGAUUCCUAUAAUUGCUGUGUCGGUCACUGUGGGAAUUAUUCUGCUGGCUGGUAUAGUUGGUUUUCUUCUUACUGGAAGCUGUUCACAGGCUUCCUUACCACCUUCCAGACGUUGUGGCUACAGCAUAGCUAAACAAGAUCCAGAGGAAGAAAAGAUGCAUUUUCACAAUGGGCACAUAAAACUACCAGGAAUUAAGACAUAUAUUGACCCACAUACAUAUGAAGACCCAAACCAAGCAGUGCACGAAUUUGCAAAGGAGAUAGAUGCUUCCUACAUAACCAUUGAGAGAGUAAUUGGAGCAGGUGAAUUUGGUGAAGUUUGUAGUGGGCGAAUCAAACUUAAUGGAAAACGUGAGUCUCCUAUUGCAAUAAAGACUUUAAAAGUCGGAUAUAGUGAUAAACAGCGGAGAGAUUUCUUGGGUGAAGCAAGUAUAAUGGGACAGUUUGACCAUCCAAAUAUCAUCCGCCUGGAAGGAGUUGUCACCAAAAGCAAACCAGUAAUGAUAUUGACUGAAUACAUGGAAAAUGGGUCUCUUGAUACAUUCCUAAAGAAAAAUGAUGGUCAGUUCACGGUCAUUCAGCUAGUGGGCAUAUUGAGAGGCAUUGCAUCAGGCAUGAAGUAUCUUUCUGAUAUGGGAUAUGUACACAGGGACCUGGCAGCAAGAAAUAUUCUGAUAAACAGCAAUUUGGUCUGUAAAGUUUCUGAUUUUGGAUUAUCGCGUGUUCUUGAAGAUGAUCCUGAAGCAGCCUAUACUACCAGGGGAGGGAAGAUACCAAUACGAUGGACUGCUCCCGAAGCAAUUGCCUUUCGUAAAUUUACUUCUGCAAGUGAUGUAUGGAGUUAUGGCAUUGUAAUGUGGGAAGUAAUAGCUUAUGGAGAGAGACCCUACUGGGAAAUGACAAAUCAAGAUGUAAUUAAAGCUGUUGAGGAAGGUUACCGCUUGCCAAGUCCUAUGGAUUGCCCUGCUGCUCUUUACCAGCUUAUGUUGAAUUGCUGGCACAAAGACAGAAAUAGCAGGCCCAAGUUUGAAGAAAUUGUCAGUAUUUUGGACAAAUUGAUUCGUAACCCAAACAGCUUGAAGACGCUUGUUAAUGCAUCAAACAGGGUAUCAAAUUUACUAAUUGAACAUAGUCCCGUUGGAACUGGUGCCUAUAGAUCAGUGCAUGAAUGGCUGGAAGCUAUCAAAAUGGGAAGGUAUACUGAGACAUUUAUGGAGAAUGGUUAUUAUUCAAUGGAUGCAGUCACCCAAGUGACACUGGAAGAUUUGAGGAGAUUUGGAGUGACUCUGGCUGGCCAUCAGAAGAAGAUAAUGAACAGCAUUCAAGAAAUGAGGGUCCAGUUAUUGAAUGGAAUGGUGCCAUUGUAAUUAUACUGUUUCACCACCAAGCAAAUCUGCACUUUGUUACCUGCCCAGAGAUUUAUAGAUACCGAUUAAACUGAAAUGAAAAAGGGGAGUAGAGUGCUAUAGAAAACAGAAAAUAGCACAUGCAACAAGAUAACUCAAAAUCAGUAUUGGAAUCAGACUUCCAUUUAUUUUUUUAUUUUAUCUCUCAUUCUUCAUGAGAAACUGCAACAUGCAUGGAACCUAGAGAUGGAUGUAUAAGACAGGGUGACCAGUUUCUGUAACAAAAGACUUCCCAUGAUGCUUUGUACACAAAUUGUAUAUAGCAUCUUGAUAGUGCUUUCAUUGUAGCAGCACAAUAAAUUCUUCCAAGAACUUAAAUGGAUCAUUUACAACAAAGUUUUGUAGCCAUGUAUUGCCUAGUCAAAAGCUGCAGUUUUUGGACAUUUACUAAGUUGAAUUGUCUACAAAGGUGUAUUGAAGAGCAAUAUGUUAAGAUUUUCUUGUUCGUUAAACUGUUUGUUUUUUUAAAUUUAAAGAAUGCUGUUACACAGCAUUAUCUAUAGAACCUAAUGUAUAAACAUGUUGCUUGAUAAAUUGCAAAUACAAUAUAUUUAUUUUUUUGUGUUCUUGAAUUUCUUUUAGACUGUUUCUGUGAAAUUAAUAUAGUCUAUAAUGAAAUGUAUAUAUUGUACAGUUUGCUACACACUUGGUUUCAGUUAUGCACAAGCACUAUGCUUGUAAUUUUUUGUGGGGGAGAUCAUGUAAAAAUACUAGAUAUUUUGAACAUUUGAAGUAAAAGAAAAUAACUGAAGAAACAUUAGUCAUUAUUUCUACAACAAAAUAAAUGUUUCCAUGUUUAAGAUUCUUGACUCAUUGGCCAAUACAGGGUACAGGAAUGAAAAAGAACAUUUUGCCAUUUUUAGGAAAAAAAGUUUAGUUUUUAAUUAUGACAUAGGAAUUAAAUAAAGUCACUUUUAUGGUUUUGUAUUUAAUUUGUUCAUAUGCAUUUGCAUAUCCAUGGAAUAGGGUAAUAGUUAAUAGUUAUGGCACACAGGAAAAAAUUAAUCAAGUAGGACAUGGUUCAAAGAUAUUCGUAUUAACUACAAACAAUUUCAAAUCAUGUUAUAAACACUGUUUUCUUAUAUAUAUGUAAGUAUAUAUGUAUAAGAAGUAUAAUAUUCUUAUCAGUAACAGAAUUACGAGGACAGAGGUACAGACUAUGCAUCCUGGAUCCCCCACCCCCAUUCGGAAGUGGAGAUCAUGGCAGAUUCACAAUCUCGCAAACUGCCGGCGGAGCUCCGAGGGGGAGCAGACCCUGGUGCAGUGACACCCCUUGAACCUCCAAUAGUUCUGCCACUGAUUCUUAUUGAUCUUUAAUAAGACAGAGAAAGUGAAGAAAGAUGUAGUAAAUCGUUAAAAAUGGAGGCUUCAUUUGCAAAAACAUGCCCAAGACAACACUGAAUAUUUAGUUACUAUUUUUCACUUAUUCUACAUAUGACUUUUUCCCUUCAGUACACAAUUUAUGUGGUACAAAUUAAUAAAUUACAUUGGUAGUAUUUAUUUAUUAUUUCAGUUGGCUUGCCUACAUUUGAAUGUACAUUUACAGGAUAAGGAAAGUCACAUAUAAAUUAAUCAUUGAUAUCAUAUUUGAUGCAGUAUUCUUGUAUCUAAUGUCAAAAUGCAACUUUGCAGAUCCUAGCAACUUCUAGGAUUAAAUGCAAAAAACUUAAAUUUCUAUUUUUUUCCACAAAAACUUCUGAUAGUACAGAAUGCUGGUGGCACAGUGUGAUAAAAAGGGGAUAUGUGAGUUUUUUAUUCAUCAUUCAACAGAAAAACACUUUAUUGUAAUGGCAAAAAUAUAUACAGUAGAUAAAGUAAUAUGAAAUAUUAUUUUAACUUUAAACAGAAACGGGGGAAUGUAA